AGAACGUUCAUCGAAUGGAAAUUCGGCUUUGGGAAAGCCAAUAACAUCUUCGUCAAUGUUUGACUCUAUUGAUCCCCCUACUCUAGCCGUGGAUGGAAUUCUUUCUUCCUCAGUCGCGAAAGGACACCGUUGUUUUGUAUCCAAGUUCGAACAUAUGCCAUUCUUUCAGGUUGAUUUAAGAAUCGUUCACGAUAUAUCCUUUGUCAGAAUUUUUAACAGAAUGGAUGUUGCUGGAGAAAGAUUUCAAAACGCCUCCAUUUUAGCCUCCGUGGAUGGAGUGCAGUACAAGACUUGUGGAUCCUUCAAAGGCCCUGGACUUACACGACAAGUUAUCGACAUAGCUUGCGCAGAAGAGACUAAUGGGCGAUUUGUAAAAGUUCAAAUUCUAAAUAACUUCUUACAGUUGUGUGAGGUACAGGUAUACACACUGUGAUUCUUUUUUAUUUGAAUCUCCUUAUG